GGUUGAUUCAGAUUGCCACCUAGGCAGCUGACGCUCUCCGUUUAGCCCCGCCCCGGUUGGCGCCGCUUGGCCUCCAUGUCAGUUGAACUCAUCACUUGCUCACAUUCACUGGCAUGCGACACUUUGGGUCUGCCAUGCAUGUGCACUAGCUCCAGUCGAGUCAGAGCGCCGCAAGCACCGCGAUGCCAUCCGAUCAAUCCGUUAUACGGAUCACAAAGGAACUUUCCGAACUACAGCGAUCCCCUGAACUUUCUAUUGCGGUUGCCUGUCGCGAUAUCGAUGUCCGCAACAUACGAGCCUUGAUCUUUGGGCCACAUAGAACGCCUUACGAAUUUGGGUUCUUCGAGUUCACCAUCAAGAUCGGCAGCGAAUAUCCAGACAAGAGUCCUGAAGUUCUGUGCACAACAACAAACUCCGGUCGGACACGGUUCAACCCGAAUAUCUACUCCAGCGGCAGAGUAUGCCUGUCUAUCCUGGGUACAUGGCGCGGCAACACCAACGAGCAGUGGUCGCCCGCUCAAGGACUCGAGUCGCUUCUAUUGUCGAUACAGAGUCUGUUGUCCAGCAAUCCGUACGAAAACGAGCCCGGGUUUGAAAAUUGCAGCUCCGAAGCCGACAGGAAGGCUCAAAAGCAAUACGCACAAAAGAUCCGACAUGAGACUCUCCGUGUGACCGUCAUACAGCGUCUCGAAGAUUACCUGUGGUUGAGGCCAAACGGUACAAAAAAGCCAGCUGCAACAGAGUAUCUAGACCCUGCCGACGCGGCAGAGGUUGUGCCUCCGUUUGAGCCUUUCAAAGAUCUCUGCAAGAGACGUUUCUUAUGGUACUACGAGUCCUACCUAGCCGCCACGAGAGAAGGGCAGUCCGAGACCAAAGAUGGCGAAGCAUUUGUAAUUAUGCCAUUCGAGUCGUCGGGCCAGAAUGCGAUGGAAGGCAAGUUCAAUUAUGGUCAGCUACAGAACCGACUACAGAACAUCAAGAAAGCGCUGGACGAAGAGACUGCUAGUUGGGUGGACGAGGGAGUACAGUCUGCGCGCAACGAGACCACAGUAUCGGUCAACCUGCGGCAUCAGUACGAGCAAGUCGUGGCGCACAUGCAUAAGAGCAAGCUCGCCCACCACAUCAACCUGGAGGGCGGCAACCCGUUUGUGUGGGUUAUCACAUAUUUCGGACCAGCCUUCACCAACUUUGACGGCGGGCUCCUCCGGAUCAGGCUGAGCCUCAGCCCGCGCUUCCCGACUGAGCAGCCGCGGGUCAAGUGCGAGACGAAGCUCUUCCAUCACCUGGUUGCACCCGAUGGCACGGUGUGCUACACGCCGAACUCGGAUAGAUUGGAAGAUGUGCGGUCACAUAUUGACGCCAUCUUCUCGGUGUUCGAGGGAGGCGAGCCAAUCUACGAUCCGCGAAAGUUUGUCAACCCAGAAGCUGUCCAGCUUUACUGGGAAGGUGGCGAAGCAGGCAAAAAGACGUACAACCGCCGCCUGAGACGAACAGUGCAGCAGAGUAUGGAUGACUUUCCGGAAUAGACCGGUGUUGGGAUUUGCAAUUAUACACAUAUAGAUUGGCUGGCUUUCUUGUGGCGUUCGGAGUUACAGGGGGGAGAUAAUCAUACUGGCAGUGCCAUGAGGACCUGAU